GCAGUCAUGUGAACACAUUCUUCGCUCGGCUUUUGGCCGCGGAGCUUUAUUUCGGAGUUAGCAGUCUUGCGUCCGUCUCUCCCUGGCUCAAUGGGAGAGGACGAUGAGGAAGCGCGGGCGCUGCUGGAAGGCAGCCCCGGCGAGGACGGCAGAGGGGCUUCGGCCGUCGCCGCCGUCCCCGGGGCGCUGCCGGCCCUCUGCGACCCUAGUCGCCUGGCGCACCGGCUUUUGGUGCUGUUGCUGAUGUGCUUCCUGGGCUUCGGCAGCUAUUUUUGCUAUGAUAAUCCUGCUGCCCUUCAGACUCAAGUGAAACGGGAUAUGCAGGUGAAUACCACGAAAUUCAUGAUGCUGUAUGCCUGGUAUUCUUGGCCCAAUGUGGUUUUGAGUUUUUUUGGUGGCUUUUUGAUAGACCGAGUAUUCGGAAUACGAUGGGGCACCAUUAUUUUUAGCUGCUUUGUUUGCAUUGGACAGGUAGUUUUUGCUCUGGGUGGAAUAUUUAAUGCUUUUUGGCUGAUGGAAUUUGGAAGGUUUGUGUUUGGGAUUGGUGGGGAGUCCUUAGCAGUUGCCCAAAAUACAUAUACUGUGAGUUGGUUUAAAGGCAAAGAAUUAAACUUGGUGUUUGGACUCCAACUUAGCAUGGCUAGAAUUGGAAGUACAGUAAACAUGAACCUCAUGGGAUGGCUGUAUUCUAAGGUUGAAGCUUCGUUGGGUUCUGCUGGUCACACAACUCUUGGGGUCACACUUCUGAUUGGAGGCAUAACAUGUAUUCUUUCACUAAUCUGUGCCUUGGUUCUCGCUUACUUGGAUCAGAGAGCAGAAAGAAUCCUUCACAAAGAACAAGGAAAAACAGGUGAAGUUAUUAAGUUAACUGAUGUGAAGGACUUUUCCUUACCCCUGUGGCUGAUAUUUGUCAUCUGUGUCUGCUAUUACGUGUCAGUGUUCCCCUUCAUUGGACUUGGGAAAGUUUUCUUUACAGAGAAAUUUGGAUUUUCUUCCCAGGCAGCAAGUGCUAUUAACAGUAUCGUGUAUGUCAUAUCAGCUCCGACGUCCCCAAUAUUUGGGAUCCUGGUGGAUAAAACAGGGAAGAACAUCAUCUGGGUUUUGUGUGCAGUGGUUACCACUCUUGCUGCCCACAUCUUGCUGGCCUUCACACUGUGGAAUCCUUGGAUUGCUAUGUGUCUCCUGGGAAUUUCUUAUUCAUUGCUUGCCUGUGCAUUGUGGCCGAUGGUGGCGUAUGUGGUUCCUGAACAUCAGCUAGGAACUGCAUAUGGCUUCAUGCAGUCCAUUCAGAAUCUUGGGUUGGCGAUCAUUUCCAUCAUUGCUGGCAUGAUACUGGAUACUCGGGGAUAUUUGUUUUUAGAAGUUUUCUUCAUUGCCUGUGUUUCUUUGUCACUUUUAGCUGUGGUCUUACUCUAUGUGGUGAAUCGUGCUCGAGGGGGGACCCUAAAUUAUUCUGCAAAACAAAGGGAAGAAAUAAAACUUUCCCAUGCUGAAUGAGAAGAUUAAAUGUUUGUCGUGAGAUGGGCUGCACACAUCGUUGGUUUGAAAACUUCCAUUUUUUUUAAAUCUAGAGAUUAAUCAUUAGGAAAAAUAAUGAUCUGGAAAGUUAUUAUAUUUAUAUUUCAAAAACGCCUAUUUCAAAGUAUACUUGUGAUGGCUGUUUUGGCCUGUGUCUUAUGAAUUGUGUAUUGCUGAAGAAUUCUACUUUGGAGUGGGCUAAUCAACAGUGAAGUUUAGAAUGUUCCUCUGGCAUAUGCAGGUGAACUUUAGUAAGGAGAGUAAAUAAUGGAAAACCUGGAUCUUAUAUUGAGAUAAUUUUCAAAAGGUGUGUCUUUAAAUCUUAAAGCAAAACAAAUAAAUAAAUAAAGGCUUUUGAGGGGUUGAAGGGAUAUUUUAUACAGAAUAAACAAUGGCAUUUUCAUAGGCAUUC